GGAAAUUGACUGUAAUAUGCUCCUUUUGCGUCAGUAGUGCGUAGGUCUGACUGUGUUCAGAGAUGUGAUCUGUGACCAUAGAUGUGUCAUAAACAGAGGUGAUAAACAGCACAGACUGUACUGUAUAUAUCUAUGGUUCCGAGAAGAAGAGGAAGGCACAAAGCAUCAGGCAGCAGCCUCUGUGGGGGAGUGGCACGAGCUCAAUCAGGAACACCGGAGCUAGCGUAGCCAUCAACACGCUAAGCCCACUGUUUAUCUGCACAUUUGAUCCAAUAUUCACAAUGGACUUGAAUCAGGUGUUGUCUGACCUCGAAGGAGGAAACCAUGAUGACAUCGAGCAGCUUCUACAGCGGUAUAACCAAGAGAACAGCCGCACCUUCACGUUUGACCAGAAGGAAGAAGCCCUGCGGAUUAAACUGUGUCAGAGUACUUUGACAGUCCUCAGGCGGCAGGUGCCCUACAGCUGUCAGAGGACGUGUUUGGAAACACUGCGCAUCAUGUCCAGAGAUAAGCGCGUCCUGUCGCCGGUGGCAACCAGAGAGGGGAUGCUGACCCUGAGUGCUAUGGCCAGGCUGAGCACGGGAGAGGAGGCAGAGCACAGCCGCAAUGGCCUCCAGGAAGAUACUCUGUCAGAGGAGGAAGAGAGAGUGGUGGUUGAAGCCUUAAAAUGUCUAUGCAAUGUGGUUUUCAACAGCCCCACAGCCCAACAGGUCAGUGUGGAGGUGCAGCUUGCCCCGGCUCUGUGUGGUAAACUGCACAGCGCUCACACGUGGCAUCAUGAAGUAGGUUUGUUCACACUGCGCCUCCUUUUCCUGCUCUCUGCACUGCGGCCUGAUCUGAGAAUGUGCCUCAGAAAAGACUGUCAAGCUGUGACUCUGCUCACUAAGAUGUUGGAGCACACACUGGACAUUCAUUGGGUGGGUCCUUAUGAGGCAGCCCGCCCAGAUCCACAGGCCCUGCCUAUUCCUGCAGAGGGCAACGAGAGGGCCAUGGAGGCACUGAAAGCCUUGUUUAAUCUCACACUCAAUGAUCCAGAUGGGGAGGAGGAUGAGCAUCAGUUCCGUGUCAUUGUUGGCCUCCUCCGUCACCUGUUAAUGUUGAAAACUGAAACAAUGGAAAAAACAGAAGAGGUGCACAGUCAUGCUGUGAACUUAUUAAAUAACCUGCCGGUGUCCUGCCUGGAUGUGCUGGUUGAUUUGCCUGUUCAAGGAGGAUCAGAGAAUUACAAUGGGAAGAACUUAGAGGCUGUACAGGUCCUGCUAGACUUCAUGGAAAAACGCAUUGACAGGCGUUCUAACUACAAAGAAGGCCUCACUCCUGUGCUCUGCCUUUUGACCGAAGCUUCUAGACAUCACAGGGAGAUCCGCAGAUACCUCAAGGCUCAGGUGCUUCCACCUCUGAAAAACCUUAAGGUCAAGCCUGAAGUUGGCAACACCAUCAGAAACAAGUUGGUGCGUCUGAUGACUCAUGUGGACCUGGGGGUGAAGCACUCGGCUGCAGAGUUUCUGUUUGUGCUCUGCAAAGAAAAGGUGGCAUCCCUGUUAAAGUACACGGGCUAUGGGAAUGCAGCUGGGUUACUCAUGGCACGAGGACUGUUGAAUGGAGGACAGGGAGAGACUCAGUACUCUGAGGGGGAAGAUUCCGACACAGAGGAGUACAUAUCUGCCACCAACUUUGACAUAAUGAGUGGUUGUGAAGAGGAGCCACGGCCUAACCCCAUAGAGGAGAUGACUGAGGAGCAGAAGGAGUAUGAGGCAGAGAAACUGAUGAAAAUCAUCAAUGAGAUGAAAAGACAUGACGUGUUCCGCCCGAUGGUGGUGAGGCCUGAUGGGAGACUGGGGCCUCUGGAGGAGAAACUGCACGAGCCCAUUGAAGAAGACCCGGCCUCAGAUUCAGACUAGAGUGCUUGGAUUGUACAUAUAAAGUCUAUCUACAGCCUAUGCUAGUGCUCCACAUGUAGAACCACUGUCACUGCUGGAAACUGUAAGGACACUACCAGAGUCCACUUUAUCAAGAGAGGUUGAAGAGUAGCUAUUGUGCUUCUUAGAUAAGGUUUAUUAAGAUCAGAAAAUGAAUGUAACCAUCUUUACUGUUGAGUUGUGUGCACUAGGUUAACUUGUGGUUGCCAUGUUUAGUCUGACAGUCAAAUUAGCUGGCCUUGGAGAGACACUUGUUUUCUUAGUUGCACUCUAAAUUUUUAUGGCCACAAAUUAUUUAAUAAUGAAUUCAAACAGAGCACAUGACUUUAGACAUUUCUUUAUUAUAUCUAAGCAUCAUGUCAUAGAAUCAGCCUACGUUUACUUCUUUUUGAAACACCAUUCCUUUGUUUCUCUGCAUUUUAUAUUUUUAUUUAAGUUGAAGUGCACAUUAUAUUUAUCUGUACAAUCAUAAAAGAAUACUGUUCUGAUAAUGUUUUCUAAUAUGGAUUUUGCCAAAUGCAUGUUUUUUUUUCUUAAUGUGAAAUUUUUAUUGACAAAUUUCGUAGUCACUAUUUGUGAGUACUUUUAAUGCUGCCAUUGGAGUCUUGAAUAUUUCCUACUUGAAAUGCAACUUGAUAAAAAUAUUAAUUGACCAAAUAAGAGUAAAGCUUAUAACAAGUAAACACAUUUUUUCUGUAAUUUAAAAAAAAUAUAUUUAAACUUGCAUGUCACUCCUACUUCAGAAACUAAACAGUUCUUUCUUUGCACAAUGUUUGUAUACCUGAAGAGCAUUAUGUUUUAUGUAGUCAGUCUGAGUCUACUACUGAAAAAUAAAAUGAAGAUGAGAGAGAAUGUGUUUAUUUACAAAACC